GGGGAGGGAGGGAAUCUAAAGUGAGAAGGCAAAGGGAUAAAAAAUCAAGGAAGGAGAAGAAGUCAUUAAACAUAAAAAACAGUUGUUUGUGCAGAGAGAGAGAGAGAGAGAGGGAGAGAGGUUGGAAGUGCUUUUGAAAAACGCUUUUUUGCUUUUUAAAAAUACUUUUAAUGGGUUAGGACUUUGGAAGAAGGGGAAUGAAAGCAAGACCAGGGGGGAAGGUAAAGAAGAAGAGUGGGAUGCUGGCUAUGUUGCUGUUCGAGGUGCGAGCCGAUUCCGGAAGAAAGGGAACCUUCUCCGUACUCCUCCUUUUCCUCCUUUUGAUUCUAAUCCUCCCUCUUCUUUAAUCCAAUCCGCUUCUCUCUCUACCUUCUUCUUCUUCUGGGGUUUACUAUUUUCGUUUCUGGGUUUUUUGAAUCCAUUUCAAGAUCUCUCCGCUUUAUGGGCUACUGGGUUUUUUGUUUCUGCGUUCAGCAUGAGUUUCUUUUGUGGAAAGUUACUGAAACGAAACAAUUUGCUGAUGUUGAUCUGGGUUUGGCCUUUCAGUCUCAGCUGGUUGAUUUAGGGUUUUUUUUUUUCUUCUUUUCUGUUUAUUUUGCUGCUAUAAUUGUUGCCGCUGAACUGGAUUGUAUGCUGUUGAUGUGAUGCUAUACUCGACCCGGGGAUGCAUUCUUUAUAACUCCGGAAUCGGUUGGUAGGGUGUGGGGUUUCCUUCUUUCAAGUGUAUCGAUUAAGAACAUGUAUUGUUUUUGAUGGUGUAUGUAAUCCAAACCUGUAGUGUAAAUAGUCUUCCUCUUGUGCAUUUCAGCCCCAUCUGAAAUCUAUAGAAUUCCUUCUUCUUCGAUAUUUUGUGAUUUUGGGAGGAAUUUCAUCCUUUUCUUUAUCCAGUUUUAACCUAAAAUGGAGGAGAAAAAUACACACCCAAGUUUUAAUCGGUCCCUGUAAUCCUUUACAACGCCCAUUACUUUUAUUCUGGGUUUGACAAUUCUCACGUUAUUACUUUUGUUUUAUUCAUAGUUGAUACUGUAAAAGAGUAGAUAAAUUUGCGCGGGGCUUUAAAUUUUUCCUUCUCUAAAUACUAAAUUUGGGCAAGCUGAGAGGAAGAUACAUACGAGGAACUGCAUCUUAUACUCGUUGGGGGCAUUUUGUUUGAUGGGAAUUCCUGAUAGUUCACUAUUGAAUCUAAUAAAUAAGGUUAGGUCUUGGAUUUCUUGGGGACGAAGAGAUCUCUCUUGUUUAUCUGACAAAUUUGAGAUGUCCUUUAACAGUUCCAUUAUGUGUUGUGAGUGUGAGAAAACAUUUUCGGAGUUCUAUCAGAGAUACUGUUGCCAGAAAUGUGGUAGGGUGCUCUGUGGGAAAUGUAUAGGAGGUUAUCCAUCACCUGUUGUUGCUGCAUCGGAUGCUAUGAAAAGAGAGGCUGUGAAUGGGCAAUACAUAAAGUCAUGUAAGUUUUGCUCUAGGGUUAGUGUUAGGCAUGGAGGUGGGAGAAGGUAUGGUGAUAAAAUCUAUCCUUCUGCCAGUCCUCGAGGAAGCUCAGAGCCGCCAUCACCAUGUUUCAGCGGGGAAAAAUUUGAUGCUGAUGUAAGCAACGAGCCCAUUCAAGGUGAUCGAGUUGAUUGCUUUCUUGGAGCCCAGGAAGAUGGUUAUUUUCACAACGAAGUGACUGGUAGCAGUUUUUCUGCGUCCAACUCUUUUCGCUGCUCUUUUACUAGGAGUGAUGAAGAAGAGGCCGAUGAGUCUGCGAAGCACUUUUUCCGCUCAUCGAGUGAAUACUGUUAUGACAUUUUGGAUAUAGAUUCAAGUAAUGUUAGUGGUAGGCAUGAGUUUUACAGUUUCAAGUCAGUAGAUUCAAGUCCUUCAGAAAGCCCCUCGAGGAUUCGUUUUACUUCCCAGGGAGUAGGGCAUUCUGUGCAGCAGGAGCGUGAGGGAAGCCCAAUGUGUCAGAAUGAUGCUCCAUUUAAUAGUGAUACACAGGCUGUUUUAAAAAAGCCUGAGAUAGAGAUUCAGGAUCCUGAGAACACUGAUGAUUGCCCUGAUGAUCUGUCGAUUUUUAGAAACCAGUAUGAGCAUUUGCAAAAGCUAUUGGAUUUUGAAAAAAAUGGCUGCAUUUGGUUUCCUCCUCCACCUGAUGAUGAAGAUGAGGGCAAUUUCUUUGCAUAUGAUGAUGAGGAUGAUGAUAUUGGUGAGUCUGGUGCAAUGUUCUCAUCUAGUGGUACUUUUCCUAGAAUGUUUCCUCUCAAGGAGAAACAUAAUGAGGUAAACAGAGAACCCCUAAGAGCUGUUGUGCAAGGGCAUUUUAGGGCUCUUGUGUCACAGCUAUUACAGGCAGAGGGUGUCAAUAUGGGCAAAGAUUGCAUUGAAGACUGGCUUAAUAUAGUUACAACAAUAGCAUGGCAAGCUGCAAAUUUUGUGAAACCGGAUACUACCGGGGGAGGCAGUAUGGAUCCUGGGGAUUAUGUAAAGGUUAAGUGUGUAGCAUCAGGAAGACCAAGUGAUAGCAUCCUUGUAAAGGGAGUAGUUUGUACAAAAAAUAUAAAACAUAAACGAAUGAUUUCACAAUACAAAAAUCCUAGAUUAAUUCUUCUAGGAGGAGCCCUCGAGUAUCAAAGAGUCCCAAAUCAGCUGGCAUCUUUGGAUACAUUACUCCAACAGGAAAUCAAUCAUCUCAAAACAAUUGUUUCAAAGAUUGAAGGCCGUCGCCCAAAUGUUCUACUGGUAGAAAAAAGUGUGUCUUCAUAUGCCCAAGAAUAUCUGCUAGCUAAAGAAAUCUCUUUGGUCUUAAAUGUUAAGAGGCCAUUACUGGAGCGUAUAGCCCGGUGCACUGGUGCUCUUAUUACCCCAUCCAUUGAUCAUAUUCCUACAACACAAUUAGGACAUUGUGAACUCUUCCGGGUGGAGCGAGUAUUGGAAGAAUUUGAGCCUGCCAAUCUGUCAAACAAGAGACCAUCUAAAACUCUGAUGUUUUUUGAAGGUUGUCCGAGGCGUUUAGGCUGCACGGUUUUGCUGAAGGGCGCAUGUCAUGAAGAGCUAAAGAAGGUUAAGCAUGUUGUUCAAUAUGCUGUUUUUGCAGCCCACCAUUUAUCCCUCGAGACUUCCUUCCUUGCUGAUGAGGGUGCCAGUCUUCCCAGGAUAACACUGAAACCGUCAAUUACUAUACCAGAAAGGAUUGCAAUUGAUAAUGCUAUUUCAAUUAUCUCUAAUUCUUCUGUUUCUGCGUUUCAAGCAGUGACUGAUCUUUCAGAUCAAAGUGAAGGAUGUGAGGACCUUAAUCUGGAACUUAGAGGUUGGGAUUCAUCAUCUGAGCAUUUUAAUCCUUGCCAUCUUCCUCCCUUCCCGGUUUCCAUGGACUGCAGAGUUAAAGGUGUAAAUAUACUCUGUGAUGCACAUAGAGACGAUUCAGUAUCUAAGGUGCGUGUGGACUCAUUUUCCCUGAAACAGUGUGAGGGCUUAAGGGUGCCUACUGCGUUUCCUUCUGAUGUUAAAAAUCAUUCCCAGCCUGAAUUGCUGGAAUCAAUGGCUGAAGAGGGGAGACAAUCUGAAGAAAUUAAUGAACUGGCAAGACCAGAAAGGAUUGAUGAAAAUGAACUUUCUGCAGAAUACUUCUCAGCUGCUGACAGUCACCAGAGCAUAUUAGUAUCUUUCUCAAGCCAUUGCCUGAAGGGAACUGUAUGUGAACGCUCUCGCCUCUUGCGAAUUAAGUUUUAUGGUAGUUUUGAUAAGCCUCUUGGGAGAUAUCUUCGUGAUGACCUGCUUGAUCAGACAUCAUAUUGUCGGGUUUGUUAUGAGCCAGCUGAGGCCCAUGUCCAAUGUUAUACCCACCAGCAGGGAAGCCUUACAAUUAAUGUUAGACGCCUUCCCUCACUGAACCUACCAGGGGAACGUGAUGGAAAGAUAUGGAUGUGGCAUCGAUGUCUCAAGUGUGCUCCAAAGGAUGGGGUUCCACCUGCAACUCGUAGGGUUGUUAUGUCAGAUGCUGCCUGGGGGCUUUCAUUUGGAAAAUUCUUGGAACUUAGCUUUUCAAACCAUGCAACUGCUAAUCGCAUCGCAAAUUGUGGCCAUUCUUUGCAAAGGGAUUGCCUUCGUUAUUAUGGGUUCGGGGGCAUGGUUGCAUUCUUCCGUUAUUCCCCUAUUGAUAUUCUUUCUGUUCAUUUACCUGCAUCGGUGCUUGAAUUCAAUGGCUUUGCUCAACAGAAGUGGAUAAGAAAAGAAGCUGCUGAGCUUAUGAGCAAAAUGGAGACAUUAUAUGUGGAGAUAUCUGAUGCACUGUACAACUUUGAACAGAAGGCUACUGAAUAUGAACCAUCAGAUGCAAGUGAAUUCGAGGAUCACAUUAUGGUGCUCAGAGAUCUACUUAAAAAGGAACGAAAUGAUUACAAUGUUUUGCUGCAAUCAGCUACUUUAGAAACUUCACAAUCAGGUCAAGUAGCAGUAGACGUUCUGGAACUCAAUCGCUUGAGACGUUCUCUGUUGAUUGGUUCUCAUGUUUGGGAUAAUCGGCUUUGUUUAUUGGACUCUCUACUUAAAACAAGGAGUUCUAUAUUCAACGUUACGCAGGGGAAUGUAUCUGAUGCUGAGCUGCAGGAGUCUAAGCGUGAUUUGUAUUUAAAUGAUGGCAAGCAUGACUGUUCUCCUGGAGAAAGCCUAUCUGAGUCUUUGAAUUUGAAAUUACAGGAGUCUCCCCAGAAUGAUCUACAGUUGCUGGAGGACCCAGACUUACCGCUGCUUGAGCCUUUCGCUCCUCAAGACUCCAUGUCAGCCGCAAGUUGUCAUAAGAAACAGGAGGAGAUGCACUCUGAUGGGGAUGCUUCUGUCAACAAAACAUUCUUUGAAAGUGUCCCUUGUCCUGAACCCAAUCUCUCUGAUAAAAUAGAUUCUGCUUGGACAGGGACAGAUCAACUUCCAGUAAAAGUUCAGAGUCCUUGUAUGGUACAGGCAGAUGGACCCCAAACUGGUCCUGGCACAAAAAUAAAUCAGAUUGACACUUCACCUUUCAAAAGGCUAAUUUCACCUGUAAGAGUGUAUUCAUUUGAUUCUGCUGUAAGAGUCCAAGAAAGAAUUCGGAAAGGAUUGCUCCCUUCUAUGCAUUUGUCUACAGUAAGAUCUUUCCAUGCUUCUGGGGACUACAAGAGUAUGGUUAGAGAUCCAGUUUCAAACAUUUUAAGAACCAAUUCUCCAACACUACCUAGAGAGGACCAGAAGUUGAGUUUUAUACAUAAUUCAGCACCCUUGCAUAUCUCUUGUGCAUCUCAUAUAGCUGAAGGGGUCCGGUUGUUGCUUCCACCAGUGGGCCACGAUAAUUUAGUUAUUGCUGUUUAUGACGACGAACCCACUAGUAUUAUAUCAUAUGCACUCAGUUCAAAGAACUAUGAAGACUGGGUUGCCAAUAAGUCAAAUGAGCAUGAAAGAAACUGGAGUGCUCAUGACGGAAGCAGAGAAGAUUCUGCAUCAUACAGUUUUACAGCCUGGCAGUCGUUUGGCUCUCUGGAUUUGGAUUAUAUGCACUGUGGAAGUUAUGGGUCUGAAGAUGCUUCAUCAUCGAUUGGUAACUUAUCUAUUUAUCCCAAGAAAUCUCCACACCUUAGAAUAUCAUUUGGGGAUAAUUAUUCAAUUACGGGGGGGAGGAUGAAGUUUUCUGUCACCUGUUAUUUUGCAAAGCAGUUUGAUGCUCUUCGAAAGAAAUGCUGUCCAAGUGAAGUAGAUUUUGUGCGUUCUUUGAGCCGCUGCAAGACAUGGAGGGCAGAAGGCGGGAAAAGCAAAGUUUAUUUUGCCCGGUCAUUGGAUGAGAGAUUCAUUAUAAAACAAGUCACCAAGACUGAGUUGGAUUCUUUUGAGGAAUUUGCACCUGAAUAUUUCAAGUAUUUGACCGAUUCUCUUGACUCAGGAAGUCCAACUUGUCUUGCUAAAAUUCUUGGUAUUUAUCAGGUUACUGUCAAAUAUCUGAAAGGUGGCAAAGAAACAAAAAUGGAUUUGAUGGUGAUGGAGAACCUUUUUUUCAAGAGAUGUAUCUCUAGGGUUUAUGAUCUCAAGGGCUCUGCACGAUCACGUUACAAUCCUGAUACAACUGGGAAAAACAAAGUGCUUUUAGAUAUGAAUUUGUUAGAGACACUGCGUACAAAACCCAUAUUUCUUGGAAGCAAGGCAAAGAGAAGACUAGAGAGAGCUGUGUGGAAUGAUACAUCCUUUCUAGCUUCUGUUGAUGUCAUGGACUAUUCGUUGUUGGUUGGUGUUGACGAGGAGCGCAAGGAGCUGGUUUUGGGUAUCAUUGAUUUUAUGAGACAGUACACAUGGGACAAGCAUCUGGAGACAUGGGUGAAGGCAUCUGGUAUACUGGGCGGCCCUAAGAAUGCUUCCCCAACCAUUAUUUCUCCUGACCAGUACAAGAGAAGGUUUCGAAAAGCCAUGACCACCUAUUUUCUUACAGUACCUGAUCAAUGGCCUUCAUGAAUUGCAUUUUUGCAUUCUUUUUAGUCACUAUGCAUUGGUUAGUUAAUAAGGGAAUGGGAAAUCUCAUUACUGAUAAAGCAGAGGGGGGAAGAUCCUUCCUGCUAAUUGGUUUGGUUUCUUUUUGUUUCGUUCUUGGGUAUACGGGCAGAAGUGAUCCCAAAUGUGAGGCUAAUGCACAGAUGAGCAGAAUAUACUAGGACAAGAACAAAAAUUUUCUUUAUUUUUUCGAAAUUUUUUGUAAAUCACAUGUACAAAAGUUACCUCGAGGAAAAAAGGAUACUUGACUUGAUAUGUUCGGCAACUUUUCCCUGAACAAGGAUGAGUGCUGCAAUGGUGGCCUGAGAAUUUAUAUGCAUGAAAGUCACCAAGAAGUCCAGUCUUAAGUAUUCGAACUGAACUGCCUUAUUGUGAUUGUACGGUUAAUCUUGUUCGUAUUCUUGCUCCCCUGAGCAUUUUUUGACUGGUAAUAUACUGAUGUUUUAAAACCUGGAUUGGCCUACUCGAUUCCACUGGGUAUGCGCUCUGGUCUGGGUUGUAGCAGGAACCUAAAAACUAUGUUAUGCUCUAUGAACCUAGGUUCGCCGAAUCAAAUGAAAGUUCGUCAUUUUACA